AUGAGUUACCGACAGCAAGGGAAAAUUAUCGACUAUCUUGGCUGCUGUGAGCUGCAGGAUCACUGCAAGCUAUGUCAGUUCAGUGCCUGUGAACGCAACCCAUGUGCCCACGGCGCCACCUGCGUUCCCAAGAGCCCGUUGGAGACAGUGUGUCUGUGCCCAUAUGGAAGGCAAGGCGUCCUGUGUGACAAGGACAUCAGAAUUACUCGACCCAGAUUUAGUGGUCUUGAUGAGUUUGGAUACUCGUCCUACAUGGCGUACCCGCCUAUUUCCAGAAUGAGCUACUUCUAUGAGUUCCGGCUGAAACUGACAUUUUCCAAUAACAGCACCGCUGUAAAGAAUAACCUUAUUCUCUUCUCUGGACAGAAAGGACAAGGUAUCACUGGAGAUGACUUCUUUGCCUUGGGGGUGAGAAGCAGACGAAUCAUCCAUAAGUUCAACCUCGGUUCAGGGGUGGCUACCAUCGUUAGUGACCCCUUAAACCAGAGGAUCAAAAUACACACUGUGCACUUUGGACGAUCUCUUAGGACUGGAUGGAUAAAGGUUGAUGGGCAAAGGAACAAGACUGGGUUGAGUCCUGGUAAUCUGGCAGCUUUGACCACCUUUAGUCCACUCUACAUGGGCGGCUACAGCGAACACAUCCCUGAGAUGCUUCCUUUAGGCACCAGAUUCAAUAAUAGCUUUCAAGGUAAGGUAAUUGGCUAUACAGCUUCUUCUUAAUUAAGCUAAUUGAUGUUCCAGUGUCUCUUUGUUUAUUGAAUCUGAGAAAUCACAGCAUAGAGU